AUGAGGGCCUUGUCCUUAUUUCAAGUUGCCGUGGUCGUCGCAUUCUUCAUCUGCUGGGCUCCGUUUCACGCCCAACGCCUGCUCGCGAUUUACGGAGACUCGGAGAACUACUGGCACGCGCGGGCUUACGAGAUCCUGGACAACAUUUCCGGUGUCCUCUACUAUUUCUCAGCCACCGUCAACCCGAUUCUUUACCACAUUCUUUGCGCCCGCUUUAGGAGCGCUUUCAAGAAUUAUUCCACCAGAAUUGUUUUGCGGAACUUUCUGGAAGUCCCAAACAUUGCGAUAAAUCGCUGGAGUGCGGAUUUUGCCCCAGAACAAUUUCGUGCGGACCACCUAUCUCCGUUCAAUACUCAGUGCGCUUUUCUGGUAAUCCUGGGAUUCAUGAAGGCGGAUGGUAGAUACUUAGGAGGAAAUGUCUCGGGCGAGAAGUUUUGCGGGCUUUCUACUCAGGAAUUUCUGCCAGUCAUUUAG